AUGUUCUCUCUCACCAAGCGACUUUCGAGGACAGCUACCCUCUCUGCAAAGACAUUUACCUCGUCUGCAUCGCUCAGAAUGAAAGUCGUACCAGUACCUGUCCGCGAGGAUAACUACGCGUACCUGCUCAUCGACGACAAGUCGAACAAAGCGGCCGCCGUUGAUCCUUACACCGUCUCAAAGGUGAAGGCGGCCGCAGAUCAGCUCGGGGUAGAGAUUGUUGCUGCUAUUACUACACACCACCAUCACGACCAUAGCGGAGGAAACAAGGACUUCGCAGCAACGUACCCAAAUGUGCCGAUCUAUGCAGGAAGCUCCCAGGCUCUUGCUAUGACCGACAAGGUCAGCGAUAAGACAGAGUUUACCAUCGGCGACAACAUCCACGUCAAGUGCUUGGCGACACCAUGCCACACACAAGACUCCAUCUGCUACUAUGCAACUGACAAGACCUCUCCCGACCAACCUGGGAACGUCUUCACUGGAGAUACGCUCUUCAUCGCUGGCUGCGGUCGUUUCUUCGAAGGCACUGGAGAGGAGAUGCACAAGGCUCUUUCGUAUUUGGGUACACUCCCGGACAAGACCAUUGUCAAUAAUGGUCACGAAUACACCGCAAGCAGCCUCAAGUUUGCCCUCUCCGUGGACCCAGAUAACGCUGGGCUGGCUCGCCUACGCAAGAUCGUCGAGGAUAAUGCUGUCACUACUGGGUUGACCACUAUUGGCGACGAGAAAGAGUGGAACCCUUUCAUGCGUCUGGCAAGCGAGCCAGUGAAGAGUGCGACCCAAGCUACAUCCAGCUCCACGGAGAGCGAGAUCAUGGACAAACUACGGACCAUGAAGAACAAUUUCAGAGGUCGUCCGCAAGUCAUGUUGUAA